GGGGCCGCCCGCCGCCGCUGUCCCCCUCCGGGCCGUCGCUCCGCCCCUCGGUGUCUGGCGUAAAGCUGGCGCCGGGCUAAAAGAAACGGCGAGCUACGAGCGCCCAGGGGCUGGUAGCCGCCAGCGCACGGCUCGCCGGUGGCGGCGGGAGCGGAGGGCCCGGCCCGCCCCGCCAUGUCGCUGAGCCCCAAGCACACGACGCCCUUCUCCGUCACCGACAUCCUCAGCCCCAUGGAGGAGAGCUACAAGAAGUUCGGAGGCAUGGACGGGGCGGCCGGGCUGGGGCCCUACAGGCAGCCCGCGGUGCCCGGCGCCGCCGCAGCCGCCGUCCCGCAGCACGUCGUGGCGGGCCCCGCCGGGGCGGCCGCCUACCACAUGCCGCACGGCGUCUCCCAGUUCCCGCACGGCGCCGUCGGGGGGUACUGCGGCGGCGGGCUGGGCAACGUGGGCGAGCUGCCCGCCUACCCCGACGGCAUGAGGAGCGGCGCGGCGGCGGGCGGCGGCUGGUACGGGGCCGGCGGAGACCCGCGUUACCCCGGCAUCUCCAGGUUCGUGGGCCCGGCGGCGGGGAUGAACGUGGCCGGGAUGGGCGGCCUGAGCGGCCUCGGCGAGGGAGCCAAGGGCAUCGUGCCGCUGCACGCGGCCCCGCGGAGGAAGAGGAGAGUGCUCUUCUCGCAGGCGCAGGUCUACGAGCUGGAGCGGCGCUUCAAGCAGCAGAAGUACCUGUCGGCGCCGGAGCGGGAGCACCUGGCCAGCCUCAUCCACCUCACGCCCACCCAGGUGAAGAUCUGGUUCCAGAACCACCGCUACAAGAUGAAGCGGCAAGCCAAGGACAAGGCGGCCGCCCAGCAGCUGCACCCCGACGGCUCCGGCGGCCUCUGCCAGCAGCCUUCGCCCCGCCGCGUCGCCGUGCCCGUGCUGGUGAAGGACGGCAAGCCCUGCCCGCCGCCGGGCAGCGGCACCCCGGCCCCCGGGCAGCCCGCGGCCUCCAGCGGCCCCGGGGGCUCGCUGCCCGCCUCCCACCCGCACCCCGGCUCGCUGGGGCAGGCGGCGGACCUGGAGGAGCUGGCGCCCAGCCCGCCGCCGCUGCACGGCCAGGUGCCCCCCCUGGCCCCCAUGGACUCGGCCGGCGUCGAUUACAACGGCGGCAUGGUCAGCCCCAACCUGCUCUACGGCAGGACGUGGUAAUCCGACGGGGCGGGCGGCUCGGGGUGUCCGCUCCCGGCCCGGCCCCGCCGUCCCGCGGGCUGCCCGGGGGCCGCCGUGCGCGUACCUCGCGGCCCCGCUGAGCGCGAACAAUAAACCUUCUGAAGCGCAACUUAGCCCGGCAGAAUUAAUUUUAGAAGGGUGCCCCCGAAGUGCGAUUUCAUUAUCGGUUGAUUGGAGGGAAAUUGAGUUGUAACCGGAGGUCGAGGAGGCGGCGAGCGGUGCGGGCGGGAGCGGCCGCUGCCUUCCGCAGGACGGGGAGCGCCGGCAGCGCCGAGAGGACGCGGAGACUUCCCGGAGGAGCUCGUCAGCUUCGACGCUCACGUUCCAGGGGGAAAAAGAGUCGCGGUCGUUGUUCUGAAUUACGGCUUACGAAAUUAACGUUCGCGCGUGGACAGAAAGCCCCCCGACGGCAGCGGGCAGCCCCCGCCGGGCCGCCUCGGGGCUGCGAACGGCGGGCGGGCGGGGAGCGCCGCGGGUCCCGCUGUGCGCGCCGCUCCCUUCUUCUUUGGCUUUUUUACAUUUGCUUUCCUUUUUUGUUUUGUUUUGUUUUUUUGUUUUUUGUUUUUUUUGUUUGUUUCCCCACCCCUU